ACUUCCUUUUCUUCUUGUUCUAAAUAUAGGAGCAAGUCAAAAACACCAGCAAAUGAACAAAAGAAACCUGCUGAGGUGUUCCGCAAGGAUCUCAUUAGUGCCAUGAAACUACCAGAUUCUCACCAUGUCAACCCUGAUGAAUAUUAUGUCUUUGCGGACACAUGGAAACAAGAAUGGGAGAAAGGGGUUCAAGUUCCAGCCAGUCCAGAAACUAUUCCACAGCCUUCUCUUAGGGUUGUAGCAGAAAAGGUGAAAGAAGUACUGUAUACACGACCCAGGAAAUACAUCCACUGUUCCAGCCAAGAGCCCACAGAACCAGGUUACAUUAACAUUUUGGAACUGGCAGAAUCUGUGUGUCGCUAUGACUUGGAUGACAUGGACAUCUUUUGGCUUCAGGAGCUAAAUGAAGAGCUUACAGAAAUGGGAUGCGGGCCCCUGGAUGAAAACACAAUGGAAAAGACAAUUGAAGUGCUGGAACGACACUGUCAUGAGAACAUGAAUCACGCUAUUGAGACUGAAGAAGGAUUGGGUAUUGAAUAUGAUGAAGACGUCAUUUGUGAUGUGUGUCGGUCCCCUGACAGUGAAGAUGGGAAUGAUAUGGUGUUUUGUGACAAGUGUAAUAUCUGUGUCCAUCAGGCGUGCUAUGGAAUCUUAAAAGUACCUGAAGGGAGCUGGCUGUGUCGCACCUGCGUCCUGGGAAUACAUCCUCAGUGCCUCCUGUGUCCCAAAAGAGGAGGUGCCAUGAAAGCUACCAGGACAGGGACCAAGUGGGCACAUGUGAGCUGUGCUCUCUGGAUUCCAGAGGUUAGUAUUGCUUGCCCAGAAAGGAUGGAGCCAAUCACAAAGGUGUCUCAUAUUCCACCAAGUCGAUGGGCUUUAGUGUGCAGUUUAUGCAAACUGAAAACUGGUGCUUGCAUUCAGUGCUCUGUGAAAAGCUGCAUCACUGCUUUUCAUGUCACCUGUGCCUUUGAGCAUAGCUUAGAGAUGAAGACUAUUCUGGAUGACGGGGAUGAGGUUAAGUUCAAGUCGUAUUGUCUAAAGCACAGCAAGAACAAACAGAAUUUGCUGCCUGAUGUUGAUGAGCACCCCAAGAGCGUGUCAGACCAGAAGCAAACAGAGAGUGAGAAAACCAGUUUGCGAGCCCAGAAACUGCGAGAGCUGGAAGAAGAGUUUUACUCGCUAGUUAAAGUGGAGGAUGUUGCAGCAGAACUGGGCCUUCCUAAACUUGCUGUAGACUUCAUCUACAAUUACUGGAAAUUAAAGCGAAAAAGUAACUUUAACAAACCAUUGUUUCCUCCCAAGGAGGAUGAAGAAAAUGGCUUGGUGCAGCCAAAAGAAGAUAGCAUUCAUACUCGCAUGAGGAUGUUCAUGCAUUUGAGGCAGGACCUAGAGAGGGUAAGAAAUCUCUGCUAUAUGGUAAGCAGGAGAGAGAAGCUGAAGUUGUCUCACAGUAAAGUACAUGAACAGGUCUUCAAUUUGCAAGUCCAGCUCAUUAAUCAGGAAAUUGCUGCAGGCCAUACCCUGUCAAGUGCACUAGAGAACACACUCUUCUACCCACCUCCCAGGAUCACUCUGAAGUUAAAAAUGCCCAAAUCAGCACUAGGAGAUUGCAAAAAUAACUCUCUGAAGCCUGGCAACAGACCGCUUUCUCCUGACAACAACAGCACUGUUUACAGCAAACGGAGCGUGCCAAUGUCAAAGGAAUCAUUUGAAAUUAAAGCAAAAUCUUACUCCAGGUAUCAGCACGACAGCAGAAGUAAUGGUUUGCUGGCAGGGAUUGGCAAGCCUCGGAGCGAGGUAAAAGAUUCUGGCCCCAUGCAGCUGCCGGAGUUUCACCGGGGCCAGCCGUCCGGGAAGCCCUUAGCACUCCAAGCUGCUUUGCAUGGACAGUCUUCCAUUGGGAAUGGGCGGCUGCAGCAGGAGAAUUCGAGGCUGGCGGCCAAGUCCAACGGUCUGAUGGGCAGGGCUGGAGAUGUCAGCCAGAGGGACAGCUCCAGCCAGACACCCUAUGAACAAGAGUCCGUGCUCACGGCUCACUUGGCCAGCCAGAGCAGUUUCAGAAAAUCCACCAUAGAACACUUUAGCCGGUCCUUUAAAGAGGCUACCAACAGUCUGGUGAGGACCACGGAAGAUCUCCGGUGCUGUGAAAAGCCAGCAAGAAGACUUGCAACAAAAGAUCGCUUGUGGAGCAAGCAGACGCUUGAAGGUGCUCCGUACCAGGACAACGACGGGUACUGUCCUGACUUAGAGCUGAGUGACUCUGAAGCAGAAAGUGAUGAAAACAAAGAGCAAGUGAGGUUAAGACGAAGUAGCUCGGAGAGAGAAAGCCCAAGUAAGGACUUUGGAAGAGAUUGUCACAAUAGAAACAAAAAGAAUAUGGUUUCUCACAGUUCGGUACAAAGGUGA